GAGGAGCAAUAUACCGAGCAACUUGAAUUUUCUUUCUUUUUUAUUAGCAAAAAGUCAGCUCGAGGAAGGCUUGAAAAUAUUUAGAGGCAAAAAGAGCAAUUGAAUUUGUUCUCUCCAUGGUCAAUUGUUGUGUUUCUGCUGUGCUUCAUGAACCAUUAGACUGGAAAAGCUCUGGAACUUGAGGCUCAGAGAGAAUAACUCUUUUGUCUAGAGUCAUAUAGCUACAGCUCUUUCUAGGAAUGCUUUCAGAAGCAUAUCUCUUUGGCAUUGCCUACUGGUCUGACAACCACUCGACUUACACUCCUGGUGAUGAACCGGUUGCUGAGGAAAAGGCAGUGGAGCUGAACUCUUCCAAUAGUAUACCCUGUUCAUCUGUAGAUGAAGCACAAGACAAAAGUCUUCUUUGGAGAUGGAAGCCUCCUGGAAAGCUUAUUUCUUCAAUCCCUUCAAGAGAAAGCCAAAAUAGCAGGAAACAAAAAGUGACAGUGCUGGAGUCAAGUCACAAUCCUCUCCUUGAAUGGCAAACUUCUACUAGGAUUGAAGACUGUGGAGACUCCAAUAUGAGCAGAGAAACCUAUUUGGUUCCUCCUUCCUGUAAAAGUAUUUGCAAGAAUUAUAAUGAUUUACACAUUGCUGGGGGCCAAGUCAUGGCCAUCAACUUAGCGGCAACAGAUUCUACCUUGGAGAGCAGCUUUGAAUUUGGCCCCCUAUUGAAAUCUUCAGAAAUUCCUUUGCCUAUGGAGGAAUCUAUUUCAACUCAAUUGAGUGAUUUGCCUUGUAAACCCCUUCAAAGACACUCAUCUUACUGGAGAAUAACCAGCAUCAAGGACAAAAGUAUUAUGCCGCUUCACAAGCCUCUUUCCAAUGCCAUGCUGAAUGAGUAUUUGGAACAGAAGGUAAUGGAGUUGUAUAAACAGUAUUUCAUGGACACUGUAUUUCAUGACAAUUCUCCUAUUCAGAUUCUGGGCUCAGAGCUCCUAAUGACCAGUGUGGAUCAAAUCAGCCUACAAAUAUCUCGGGAGAAAAACUUAGAGGCCAUAAAGGCCAAGGAUAUGGUUAUUAACUGCCUCUUACGACUAGUCUCCACUGAAAUCAGCACCCCUAGUCUGCAUAUCUCCCAAUAUAGCAAUGUGAAUCUAUGAAACAAUAUAUCUUGAUUCCUCUUAUGUUCAAACUUAAAGCUGUAUUCUAUUAUUUUUUUUUUCCUGAAGGAAGAAAACAAGCAGUAGGCGUGUAAGGUUAAAAUCAUGGAGUAGUUCUGUAUAACGUGUCUCAGAGAUAGAUGUAGAAUAAAGGGCAAAAAGGAUGACAGUAACAUGAAGAAAGAAUACCAGGAAAGCAUAAUGAACUAUUUUAAAGAACAAAUACAGCAACCAAAUAAGACAAAUACAACUGAACAAAAGAGAAAAUAAAUGUCACGUUUAUAUGAUAUUUCAAGAGAAGGAAAGAAAAUCAAUGAUUAAAGGAAAACCAAAAAAAAAAAAAGUGUUCUCAGUUUCCAAGUUAAAGGAUUAUCUGUUUGUAUGUUGCCUAAUGAAAAUUUUCUGGUGGGAAGGAGUGUAAGAGAGGGCAUUGGGGGAACAUAGAAAAGUAUAGAAAACUGCUAGUAAGGGAUAAGUUAACACUGUAUCUAUUGACCAAAAAAAGAAAGAAAAAGAAAGAAAAAAAGAUGAAAGAAGAAAAAAAAGUACUCUGGGGCAGGUUCAAAUUUUUCAAAUUAUUAGAAUGGGUAUAUUUAUAUUUUUACUUGUGUUUUUUCCCCCUUAUUUUAUCUGAAAAUCAUUUAAAGGAUUAGUCAUCUAGAACAUUUUUUUUAGAUAAAGGGGAAUUUCUAUUUUGUUUUGUUUUUUAUCUUUAUGUGGAUGAUUACUUAGCCACAAGUGUAUGAGUAAAUUAUGUUCCCACA